AUCCCUUUGGCAUAGCUAGCAUGUCGCAAGCAGACGAAAUUGCUGUUCUUUUUCAAUCUUGGGACCAUCCUGACAGUAUCCACCUCCGCUCUAAACAGCGUGCCGAAAUACUUUCCCUUGCCGGCGAUGAUCCAGGCACUCCUCCAACCGCGUCUAACGUGCCAAUAUUUGUUGUCGCGUAUCUAUCUGGUAUCCCAGUUGGAUGCGGUGGCCUUCGGCCAUUGCAAGAUUUAUCCGGGCUGGGGCACGACAAUGCUGCUGAAAUCAAAAGGAUGUUUGUCGAUCCAGCACAUCGAGGAGCCAUAGGCAGCGGCACAUCAAUCGCGCAUCGGAUACUUAGGGAGCUCGAAUCAGAAGCGAGAGGAAGAGGAUGGUCUGUGUUGGUAUUGGAGACUGGAGACUUGUUGGUAGGAGCUAGAAGGUUCUACGAGAAGUGCGGGUUUGUCCCCAGAGGGAAGUUCGGGAGCUACAUUGAUGCACCACAUAGCGUGUUCUACGAGAAGUCGCUUGGGGAGGUGUAGGUGUCUUACCUGCGUUCAUUAACCAAAGCGCCAACAUUACUACGAAGUAUUGUCAGUCAUUGCCUCAACACCAUGUGUCACGUGAUGAU